AUGUUACGUUUAGCGGUUAAAGAAUCAAAUGCACUUCGUCCUAUCGUAAAUUCGGUAGGAUUCCGAGGCUUUCACGCUAGUGCUCCUCGAGAGGCUACUUUAAAGGAACUUGAAAUAAGAUUGAAGUCCAUCCGUAACAUCGAGAAGAUCACGAAAACCAUUAAGACGGUUGCUCAAACAAAGUUGAACAGAGCUCAAAGAUCUAUGGACUUGGCCAAGAAGUAUCAAACAGUUUCAAAUGAAUUUUUUGAUGAGGCUGGAACCCAAGCUCCCAAAGAUGGAAAAACACUUUUGAUUGCUUGUUCUAGUGACAAGGGUCUUUGUGGUGGUAUCCAUUCUUCGAUCUCUCGUCUUAUCCGUAAGGAAUUGGUUGAUCCUAAUGUUGAGCAAAACACCAGCAUUUGCGUUUUGGGUGAAAAGGUUCGUUCCCAGCUUCAUCGUUAUUAUCCUGGCUCUCUCUACUUAACAUUUGCUCACAUUGGUGGUGCCAGUCCUUCUUAUGAAGAGGCUUUGCAAGUUUCCAGCAACAUUUUGGAGAAUGCAAAUGAAUUUGACAGAAUCGUCAUCGUUUACAACAGAUUCGCCUCUGCCGUGUCUUUUGAAACUGUGAUGAAGAAUCUCUAUACUCGUCAAUCUAUCGCUGAAUCCCCCAAUUUGUUUGCCUAUGAGGCUAGCAGUGAGGUUCAUCAACCUUUGAUGGAGUAUGCUUUCACCAAUGCUAUUUUUGCUGCUAUGGCUGAAGCCCACUGCAGUGAAAUGUCUUCCCGUCGUAACGCCAUGGAAAAUGCUAGCAAGAGUGCUGGUGAGAUGAUCAACAAGUUUUCCACUAUCUAUAAUCGUCAACGUCAAGCCUCCAUUACUAACGAACUUAUUGACAUUGUUACUGGUGCUAAUGCUUUGGGAUAA